UAAAGGAAAAGUGGGGGAGCGGCGCGAGGAAGAAAAUGGCCGACAAGGCAACGGUAAAAGGGCAGGGACGUCUAGUGAGAUUCAUGUUUUGGAAGAAAGAAAUGUGAAAUUCGUAUUAGCUCUCGUACAAGCAGACGGAAAGUAUUAAUAAAACGAUCGUGUUAUUGUUUUCUUUUAGUGGUGUGUUUAAGUAAAAUAUUACCAGUGUAAUCUAUUAUAUUUGUAUAUUAAUUUAUUGUUUAAAAAAGAGUUCGCGGGCCGUGUGUAGGAAUAAAAGGGCUCGCUAGAGUAUAUAAGUCUGGCAAAAUUUCGUACGUGACAAAUUCAUCGAUCAGUAGAGUAGGUUUAUGUUAGCCACUUGUGGCCAUCUACGGAUAGAUUUAAAAGAGAAUCCUAUUAAAAAAUCUCGAACAAUGAGUUUAUCUGACGUAUGUUAAAUCAUUGAAGCAAUGAAAUUUAAAGGGAUCGAUUUGUCAACAAGUCGAUGAAAGUGCGCGCACCCGACAAUCUUGAUCAUAUAGUCAGCUUGAAAAAAGAUAAAAUUUAUAUUUUACAAUGGCAGUUAGGUAGUUUUAACAAUUUGCUCAGUGCUUUUUUUUUAAAUAUUGAGCAUAUUUCUAUCAAAUUGAAAAUGUAAAGAAAAUAAUCAUAAUGAAGCCACAGAAAAAGGCAACAGUUGCCCGGAAGGCAACAAAAAUCCCAACAAUUGCUAAAAAACGCCGCUCAUUUUUAGAGAAAUCUAUAUCUGAUAUAAGGAAAGAAAAAAAAUCUAAGAAACUUGAAAAAGGAGAAGAUGCAAAAAAAAAAAUAGAAAAUGAUAAGAAGAAAUCAGAAAAAACAGAAGAAAAAAAGAAAAUAGAAGAUAAGAAAAAAAUUGAAGAAAAGCGAAAAGAAAAAUCUGAAAAAGUGGAUGAAAAAAAAAAAUAUAUAAAAGAUUAUGAAAAAAAGUGUGAAAAAGUUGAAGAAAAAAAAUUAGAUAAAACAGAUGAAAAAAUCAUAGAUGAAUGUACUUAUGAUAGUACAGAAAAAAAGAAAGUACAAAAAAUAGAAGAAAAAAUAAAAUUGGAAAAACAAGCUAUGGAAAAUAAAAGAAAGUUUGAAAAAAUAGAAGAAAAAAAGAAAAGUGGAAAAUUUGAUGAUGAGAAUAUAGAAGAUCAAUCAAAACUUUUAAAUAUUACAGAAGAAAAAGAUUUACAUGAAGAAAAAAUAGAUAUCAUUUGUUCCAUUUCUAAGAAAAAAUUUAAAGACGAAAAAAAGAAAGAUUCAAAAUUAAUAAAGCCUGAUAUCAAGGAAAAUAUGAAAAUAUCUGUGAUAAAAGAUAAAAAAUCAGAACGUAAGAAACUUCUUGAUAAAGGUACAAUAAAUACUAAAACUUCUUUAGCACGAACUAAAAAAGAUUCUAAAACAAAAUCAUUACAAAAAAAAGGUAUCUCUAGAAAGACAGUUUUAACAAAAAAAUCACAUUUAUCAGUAGUUCAAAAAUUUGUAGACAAAAAAAUUAAAUUAAACAGAUUGGUAAAAGAUGAAGAAACAUCUGUAAGUGAAGAAGAUGAAACAAUGAAAAGAACUAAAAGAAAAAAUGUUAAUAUUUCAAAAAAUAAAAUUAUGCAAGAAAAAAAACCAAAGUUAGGAAAACAUAUGAAAGCUAAAUUGCCUUUAAAAACUAAUAAAAUAAAUUCUACAUUAAAAAAAGAUGAUAAAUUAAAAACAUUUGUGGAAAAAGUUAUACCUAAGAAAAAAAUAGAUACAAAAGAAACAGAAAAAUUACUAGCUGAACAUAAAAAAAUCAUGAACAAAGAUGAAUUAAAUGAAGAAACACAUACAACAGACAUAAAAAGUGAAUUAGAAGAAGAUAAAGAUAUUGAUAAAAAUGGAAAAGAAGAGCAAGCACAAUUAAAAUUACAAGAUGUCAAAAAAAUUGUUAAAUGUGCUCCAAAAAUAAAUAAAAAAAUAAUAAAAAAGAAAACUGUAAAAGUACAAAUGGAAAAUAAUAAUCAAUUGAUUUCUUCUUCAGAAGAAACAUCUUCUGAAGAAUCUAAUAAACAAAUCAAGGUUUGUGAAGAUAAUUCAAAUGAUAAUGUUUCUUCUAAACAAGAGCAAAUUGAUAGUGAAAAUAUAAAUGAUACAGAUUUAAAAGAUGAGCCAAUUAAUGGAGAUAAUGUAAGUAAUAAUGCAUUAUUAUUAGAGUCAGAGGAUGAAAGUGAUGAUGAGACCAAAAAAAAUAAACAGAAAGAAAUUAAGAGAAAAGAAAGAGCUAAUUCACCAUCAGAGCAUGAACGUAUUAGAAGAAUGAGAUUGUUCGGAUUUUGGAAUGGACCAAAACGACAUAGAGUUGCUUCUUUGAAUGCAUUAGCUAAAGUUCAUUGCUUAUAUGAAAAUGAAACUGGAGGAGUUUAUCUUGGUGGUUUCUGUAAACCAAGACCUGAAAAAGAAAAACAAAAGAAAACUAAAGAGGAAAAAGAAGAACAAAUUCGUAAAGAAAAAGAAAAGAAAUUAGAAACAAAAACAGAAGAAAAUAUACCAAAAAGAAAACUUAGAAAUGUACCAGGAUUACGUGGAAAACAUUGGGAUAUGCUAGAAAGUUCUUCAUCUUCAACUUCUUCUGAUGAUGAAUGUGAACGUGAUAAAAAUAUGGAACAUAGUAAGAAAAAAAUUAUCAAACGAAGAAAAAAAAAUGAAGAAAUAAUGGAUUUGAAAGAUAUGGUUGUUUGUAAAAGGAUGGCAAGUCUUAAUGCUACAGCUAUUCUAGCUGCUUCCUAUUCGGAUGAAAAAAAUCGUUGUGGUAGUAGUUUUGAUUCUUCUAGUGAAUCAGAAGUGGAAAUUAUUAAAAAACGUAAACAAAAUGAUUCUGAUAUUGAAAAAAGAAAAUCAAGACAAAAUUCAGAACAAGAUGAAGUUUUAAAACCAUCUAAUAAACUUGUUAUUGUUAAUCAAGAUACAGAUGUUACUAUUACUGGUGUUUAUGUUAAUCAAACUCGAUCUACACAUCAUGAAGGUUUUUGCAGUAUUGCUGGUAUGCAAUAUAGAAUAAGUUCAACAAGUCAUACUCAAACUGCAGCUACUGCAGUUGCUACUGAACUCCAUGACCAGCAAAAAUUGGAACAACCUUGCAAAUCAUAUACACCAUUGGGAGCAUUAUCUUCUAUGCAACCACCAGGUAGUCAGAAUAAUCAUUCAAAUAUGUCACCUCGCAGACAUUCUGCAUUUUCAGCACCACAUCAACAUGGUGGGUAUUAUCAGCCAGCUGGACCACUGAUACAACAUCCACCAACUUUACCACCUAUUAAGGGUCCUCCUCCAGAACCAACACCUACACCUCCACAGAAUUCUGAAGGUUCAGAUGAUUUAGUUGCAACUUCUACAACUUCUGGGGGAACUAACAGUACAGGUAUAUUUAUACAGGGAGGUGGAUUUUAUAGGGCAUAUUGUCCUCAAUACUAUGGUACACCACCACAAUACGCAGAUCUAUGUUAUCCACCUACGUAUUCCCAUCCUCAUGCUCAUCCACCGCCUUAUUAUAAAUAUGCACCAACUUAUAGAAGGUACUUUUUUAGGCAGUAUUAUGGAUAUCAGGAAUCCGGUGGAGGCGGCGGUCCUGGUAAUGGUGCUACUGCAGGUGGACCAACAGUUGUUGAUUACCAGCCACCCCCACCGCCGCCAGGUGAAUACCCUUUGCCUCCAUACUACGGAGGAUAUCCUCCACCUCCACCACCACCUCCACCUCCACCAAAUCCGGCAUAUUUGCAUUCUCAGGGAAGACCUUUUGUAGAUCAUGCAGCCUUUCAGGGUUGCCCAUGCCCGAUGCAGUCUUGUCCAAAAAACGUGGAUACUGGGCCCCUUAUUGGUAAUGGUAAGGGAGCGCCAGUGGUAUCGGGGCCCGGUCUGUCAUUGCCGCCCAGUGCUUUGGUGGGUCCGCCCUCGCCGGCGAGGGGGCUAGCCGGGCUAGCGCCGCCUCACGGUGCCAAUGCCUGGGAUACGGAUCGCGUCCAACUUAACACUCAUCGCAACCUGAAUCAGAACCAACCAUCGGUCCCUCCGUCUCACAAUCUAGUCGGUGGACAUAAUCACCCGCGAAAUUCGGAUUGUAAGAAUAAGGAUGAAAAAAAUUGUUCUGAAGAAAAAUUACGAAAAUGUGAAUGUCAAAAACAUGCUUGUACAUCAACUUGUGAAGUCAAAUUAGAAACUCUUUCACCUUCAGAAAAACUAGCAGUGACAACUUGUCCAAGUAGCAAAUUCCAUAAUUUUAAGUUGGAAAAUAAUAAUGUGAAAUGUGAAUCCUGUAGCAUGGAAAUGGGUGAUAAUUUGUCUUGUGUUGCAAAUUGUAAUGUAAAGUGUGAAUCAGAUUAUAAAUGCGAUAUCAUGAAAUGUGAACAAUGUAUGAAGGAAGGUCAAAUGGCAAUUCUGGAAAUAGACAAAGAUUCUGGAAUAUUACUUGAUGAUAAAUUAGAUGCAGAUCCAGAUGUUAAAGAAGAAUUAAGUGAUGUUAUAGCUAUUGAUAGUGAAAAUUGGAAAAAACCUGAUUAUGAACCAACUGUGCAAGAGACUAUCGAAGAAACUAUGGAUAUUGUAGAAAAACCAGGAAUAGAGGAACAUUCAAAAUGUCAGAAAGUAACAAAAAGAAAAUUAUCUUUAGAUAGUCUAUCUGAUAGUAGAAAAAAGAGAAAAGUAAGCAAAAGGACUCUUUCUGUUGGUUCAUCGCAAGAUUUAAAUAAUAGUGAUUUUUCAACAAGAAUUUCUAUACCAAUCUUAUCAUUUAUAAAAAAGAUUGACAACAAUAGUGAUGAAGUUUCUAAGAAAAAACAACCUAAAAAAGAUAAUCAAAAUCAAAAACGUAAAAUAGAAAAUUCAAAUUAUCUUGAAAAUGCAAUGAAGAAAUCAAAAACUUUUAAACAAAAUACAAUUAAUAAUAUUCCAAAUUGUGUAAAACAUGCUGCCACUGAUAAUUCUAUUAUGGAAACUAUUAAUAAUGUUAUUCAACAAAGUUUACAAAUGACACAAAAAAGAGAUCGUAAAAAUAAAAAUAUUGAAAAGUCAGAAAAGGCAAAAAAAGAAGUCAAUUUAUUAGUUGUAAAAAAAUCAACCAAAAAAAUUGAUUUAGUAAAAGAAUUGACAUCAGAGAAAGUGUCGAAAGUUAUUAAUAAAAAUAAACACUCUAAAGGUAAAUCAGAAACACGAACAAAAUCAAGAACAUAUGAGAAGAAUAGAUGUAAAGGAAAAGGUAAAUCCAAAACACAUGAAACAAAAACGAAAGAUAAUGGAAAAAAACAUGAGAGUAUAACAAAAUCUAAAGUAUAUGACAUUCACGAAUCAACAAAGAAGCCAGCAUUGAUAAAAAAGAAGCGAAAAAGUACGAAAAAACCGCCUGUCAAAAAAUCUAAUUCCAAAGUUGAUGAUUGUUUAGUAGGAAGUGAAAGUUUAAUAUUAACUAAAAAAACAUUUUUAAAACCCAAAUGGAGUAAUGGUUGGAGUUGGGAAGGUGAUCCUUUUGAAGCCAAAGUUUAUCUAACGAAUGAAGAAUCAGCUAUACGUCGAUGUUAUGCAAGUAUGAAACAUGAAAGUGGUGAUGUUCUAAGACCUCGUGAUUGCGUUUUAUUAAAAAGUGGUCCACGAAAAGCGGAUUUACCAUUCGUAGCAAAAAUAGCUGCUUUAUGGGAAAAUCCAGAUGAUGGUGAAAUGAUGUUUUCUUUAUUGUGGUACUACAGACCUGAACAUACUGAGCAAGGUAGAACUCAAUAUGAUACCGAAGACGAAGUUUUUGCUUCACGACAUCGAGAUGCAAACAGUGUUGCUUGUAUAGAAGAUAAAUGUUAUAUUUUGACAUUUAAUGAAUAUUGUCGGUAUCGUAAAAAUUUACGAAGAAUUGAAGAAGGAUUAGAAAGUCCCGGUUUAAUAGUUCCACCGGGAGACCAACUAUAUCCAAGAGAAAAUCGGCAACCUCCGAUACCAGUACCUUCGGAUAUGGUUCUUUUUUGUCGACGCGUUUAUGAUUAUCGCGGUAAAAAACUUGUUAAAAAUCCUGGAUGACUCGAUUUUUUAUAAAAAAAAAAAAAAAAAAAAA